AGACACGUCAAGGGCCUGUUUGAUAAAACAAUUUGCCAAAUAAGCUAGGCUUAUUUCAGUUAUUUUGAACCAAAUCAACUGACAAUAAAUCACUUACUGAAAUAAACCUGGAUUAUUUGGUAAACUUCUUUUAUGAAACAGGCCCCUGAUGGUGCUUUUAAGCACAGAUAUUUUUGUCCUCAAUCAAUGGCCAUAAUUUAUGAUUUCUUGUAGUUUUUAUGUAUAUGUAAAGCCCUUUGAAUUUCAGGAGGAACGGCAUCAACAUAAUCCUUAAAAGUACAAAAGCAAGCUUAUUUGAAGCAAGCUCCUCCUCAGUGAUUUUUCAGUGUCCACACACACAAAGAUAAGAGCGAUCAGAUAUGAGCGAUCACGUCAACAACUCAUGUCAUUUCAGGUGAAAACAUAAAAUGGAAAUGGAAAGCAAGAUCAUCUCAACUGACAAAGCUACAGUUGUCAUCCAAAUAAAUCCACAGGUGACACAAAAUACUGUUAUGAGUGAUGAUGGACGGGAGGCCAGAGGAGCAUAUCACAAUACGACUCUCACAAGAUUUUUCAAAGCACAACCAAAGGCAUUGGGGACUGUCCAGAUAAUGAUUGGAGUGGUGUGUUUCUUAUUUGGCAUCAUACAAUCCAGUGGAGGCUACCCAUCUAUUUUACUUGUUAGUGGCAUAACCUACUGGGGAUCCCUUAUUUACAUCAGUGCUGGAUCUCUGUCUGUUGCUGCGCAGAAUAAACUUCACCCGUGUGUGGUCAAAGCCUCUCUUGUAAUGAAUGUGUUCAGUGCCAUAACUGCAGGGGUCGCCAUUGUUCUGAUGUCCAUAGAGAUAGCAGUCCUUCGUGGUCGAAUUAGCGAUUACAUUUCGAGAUAUAUUCUGGGGAUCCAUGGAAUAUUGCUGGUGUUCACCAUCCUUCAGUUCAUCAUCUCCAUCUGUAUCUCAGGAUUUGCCUGCAAAGCCACCUGCAACAGAGACUCUACAGUGGUCAAUGUGGCACUAAACCAGGGAUACUGAGUCACAGUGAGGAGAUCCUACAAUCCAAACAUUGCAAGGAAUUAAUAUCUCAAUGUUGCUUCUAAGCAAGUUUUUUUUUUUUUUUUUUUUUUAAGUGUUACAGGAAUGGAACACAAAAAAAAGAAAGAAAACUGAACAUUGAAAAUACAUCAAAUGAUUUGUGACGUGUACAUCAAAUGUUUGUUGACACUUUUGUGUCUCUGGUGUGUCUUUUUUGUUUUAAAAAUAAAAAUAAUAAUAAA